AUGGGUCGGCGACGUUUUGUCCGUGUGGACAGAGGCCAAGCCACUCAGGGUGUUGCUGGUGUUCUGCGGACACUUGCGCGGGCAUUGGCCAUAGGAGCAGCGACUCCUUUUGUGCUGCCCAGAUUUUCGAGCUACGGCACCUACGGGGUCCCCAGGCACGAGAUAUCAGAAGCACAUGGCAGUCCUUCGCGAAGUGCUAGAGAGGCAGUAGCGAGCUUUACGACACCCAUCCGGCGCUUGGAUUUUACCAAUGCAGCGUUGGUGGGUGCUGGUUACGACUUGGUUGAUGUGAGGGUCCUGACCGAAGAUGGUACGCCAGUGGAGGCAACUUUCAUGCUGGAUAGUGGGCUCUCUACAAACUUGGUGUCGCCCAGUUUCUUGGAGAAGCUGGGCCUGGAGGCUGAAGCGGAGCCGAUGGAAGGCACUGCGCUGGGUGGAAACAUGAUGAAGUUGAGAUCCACGUUUCUACCUGGCCUCGAAAUGUUGGGUAACGAUGACAAUGAGACGCGCUUUGCAGGUCUCUGGGAGGGUGCCGGUUGGCGUGCAUGGUGUACCUUGGAUUGGGAUGCGUGGAAGGCGGCAGCUGCGACAUCAAAGACCAUUACUGGCAAGGUGCAGUACGAGGUGUUGCCCAGUGAGGGCAUGACAGACAGGCAGCUGGAGAUGGUUGGCUGGCGAGGCCAAGAAACAGUGGAAGGAGAGUUCGAAGCAGGACGAUUCUCGGGCCGCGGCGUGUCCGUUGAGCCCAAAGGUGUGCUCGCUACGACUGAGAGCUACAAGUUUGAAGAGGAGGGUGACAGCCUGGUAGAGGUCAACAGUGGCAUGAGGCUUCGACGCAGCAGCUACAGACCCAGCUUGCCCUUGCCUGGGCCUUUGCACGCCACAUCUGUGGGCUUCACACAGGAGCAGCUUGCUGAACGUGAGGGCACCCGUUUGGAUGGCAUGCUUGGGCAACUGCCGUUGUAUCAGGAUUUUGCUGUAGAGGUGGAUCCCGAGGCGAAGCAGCUGGUGCUGCGCAUGCCCGAGGAAGCCUCUUUGCAAGCCCAGAAGGUCGGCAUGCAACGUUUGCCUGGCAUGGACCUGCCGAGUCGGCUCUUUGGCGUGAACAUCUUUCACGCAGGGCUGACGGGAGGUACAAGGCCGGAAAAAGCCGUCCCAGCACUGGUGGACAGCGGCUCUGCGAAUUCUGUGGUGAAUUGGCCUGCAGCUGAAGUCCUUUUCGGGCUCCGACCAGGUGACAGAAUUGUGCGCCAAGCCCCGCGGAUUCGUGCUGUUGGAGUUGGGGGAGGGUACAUUGAUAUGCCUUUGCUCAGCUUCUCCAUUGGUUUGGUGGGAGAUGGUGACUCUCUGGUACCGCGGCCAGUGCGAGUGGCCAUUGGAGAUGCGCAGGUCUUUGCUGAAAUCUUUGGCAGAGAAGAGUCAGGCGGCUGGUUGCUGGGGCUUGGUCCCAAGCCACUGAAGCCUGCAGCCCUCAUUGGCCAGGACAUCCUAUCGCAGCAACGGCAUAUUUUUUGUGCUUCCGAGCCUGCGCUGUAUGCAGAACAACGAUGUGCAGUGUCAGGAUCAUUUCGCCAUCUGGGAGAGGGAGACUGUGUAGAUGCAGAAGGGCAGCGGCUGGCAGGCCUACAGAAGCUAGGAUGCACUACUGAUGAUGCUGCUUGGGAAUGCUUGUCAUUGCCUCCAGGUACCUGUGCCGGCAUUGCUGUGACGCCACAAGGCACAUAUCAGGGCCUUUGCUACAUCUUUGUCAGCCAGACGGCCGGCAAAGAUGAGGAGUUGAAGAGCCGAGGAUUCCGACGAUACGAGGCGCCACAAGGUCAAGAACUGGCACCUGCAGGACCAAUGGCAGAGCUGGGGCGCUGGCAGACGGCACCAAAGACGCGCAAUGCUAUCGGUGGGAAGCUGGUCGAUGAGCUCAAGGCCGAGCAAGAGAAGGAGAGGGCGCAAGUGCACGAUGCACGGCUGAAUGUGGAGGCAGCCACGAGCCAAUUACUGGACGGCAUCGACUCUAAGAUCGGUAGCUUGGAAGCAGAUCGGAGUGGCCUCAGUGAGCAGGUGGAGCAACUGGAGCUUGAAAUCAAACACAUUCAUGAAGCCCACCUGGAGGACAUCAAAGCCCAACGCCGGUGGCAUGCAGAGUCUGUCGAGCAGACUUUAGAUGCGACAUCGUUUUGUGGUUUCCUCACCUGUCUUUGCUUCCGCGCUUGGAGAAACUUGCUGCAGGACCAGGCUUCAGUGCGACAGCGCCGUGCCAUGUGCCAUCGUGCCACCGAAUCUUUUUGUGGUAGCAGGGAUGUGGCCCUCAAACGAGCGUUUCUGGGGGCAUGGUGCAAUGCCCUGCAACAACGACAGCAGCAGCGAAGUUUUCAAACCAUCUUGCGAAGAGCGUUCCAACGCUGCGACUCUUUCACGCCCGAGGUGCUGAGGCGCAGUAGCUUUGUGGCUUGGAAACUCCAGACCUUCACUCCAACCAAGGCCCUGGCCUGGGAGACCAUACAAAAGGCGAGAAAACGUGCAGCUAAUGCAGCGCAGAGCGAGCUGUUAAGGAGCUGUCUUCAAUGGUGGAUGGUGCGACUUCAACAGGCACAACUGCAACGAGAUGCAGAAUUGCAGAGGGCAGAACUGCUGAAUCUUCUGAAGCAGAUGGAACAGCAGCAAGAGUCUGCUCGGGCCUUGGAGCUGACCUUUCAGGAGAGUCAGCAGCAAGCGCAGGCGGCGGCUGAACAGCUGUUGGCCAACGAGAAGGAUCAGACCGCUGCGCUUGAGUCCAAAUUGAACAGCGCAGAAGAGCGAGAGAAAGAACUGCGAGCAGAGGUCGCACGACUUGCUGAUUUGCUCACCGCUGCGGAGUGCGAUGCCUUGCAAAAAACCAGUGACUUCACUGCUCUUCAGGAGCGCUGUGGCAGUGAGUUGGAUGAGAUGCGCAGAGAAUGCCAGGAGGCUGUGGCUGCUCAAAUGGAGCUGCAACGCCAGGAAGCUUCUGUGGCUGGCCGACUGGCAAGGGUCACCCAACGAGUGACUGAACAGGAAGAGGAAGUGGAUGAGCUGCGCAUUGCUCUGCAAGGGGAGCGAGCAGCUCUGUCCGUCCUUCGGAGUGCUGAGCUGCAGAAUGAUCCCGCGCCCAUGGCCUCACGUCGCAGUGGUGCAAGCCUGCCGGCCAUGUCGCCACUACAGCCGGCGUUGGAUGAGGUGGCCAAGCGAUGGCGCUUGGAGCACAGUCAUUCCGUGUCUGCCAUCCACAAAUCAGGUACUUUGCCUGUGAGUCUUCCAGUGUCCGGCAGGUUGCGGGGAUCUGUUCUUUAG